ACAGCGGCAGCUCUGUGUUUAAUCAGCGAAGACUUUGUGGAACACCGUUUCGUGUCCUCUUGCGCUUAUCACCUUUUUGUUCAGAAAAACAUCGAGAUCUUGGAAAACGACAUUAGACUCAACGUGGAGAAGAAAGUCUGCUUUGGUUCAAGAUGAUUUAAGAUACGUUGAUGUGACGGGACAUUAUAAAGUCGUUUAAAAAAAACAAAACAAACAAAAAAAAACAAACGAAGGGAGUUUAUUCCGCCUGUUGAUACAAUACAGGUUUGGGAAAAAUAGAUCGCCUGUUGUAAGUAUUUCCCCGUUUGCCAAGUACUGAAGAUUGAAACAGACUGAAAGUAAGGUAUUUAUACACCGAUUUUAUGAUCCAAUGGACAUAAAGUAAGUAACUAAGAGAAAGAGGAGACCAAGGACACUAUCAUCGUAGUAACACGGUGUGGGCACACUGUCCUAGUUUUUAUUUCGGGAUUUCGAGCAGGAUUUAAUUUUAAAAUAAGGCCUAUUCAGUAUUUUUUAUUCAUUUUGUUUUAUAUUUCAUUUGCUCUUUUUAUGUCUGACAAACCAAGGUUGGGAUAUUGUUGAACACACUGUCACGCUCUCUGGAAGUUGGAAGAACUGCACAAUUAUUUUAGUAUGGUAGAUUGCGUUUUGAUCAUAUUUACUCGUAGGUGUCACGCUUCUGGCCAAUGCUGCAUGUGUUGCUACUUAUAAUAAUUUAUACAGCGCUUUGCACAUCGUUAAUUGAAUGUGUAUUAUCUACAAAGUAGCACGGAACGCAGUCUCAACCUGUUCAGAGUCGUGGCUUGUUAUCAGAUGGUCUCUAGUUUGUUAGCUGAGCUGUAGUUACACACACUGGAGCACCAUGGACAUUGUUGAUGACAAGAGGACUGACCAGAGGUUUACUGACAAGAAUCAGAGACUGGUGCGGGGAAUUGUAGACCAGCAGGGAGUAGAAAUACUCAGCGUUAUGGAGCAGAGAGCUGCUGAUACCGAAGGAACCAGCCUGGUGGAGGUAGUGCUGACAGGCGGGGCGCCCUGGGGAUUCACUCUCAAAGGGGGUCUGGAGCACAGAGAGCCGCUCGUCAUAACUAAGAUCGAGGAAGGCAGUAAAGCUGCAGCAGCAGGGAAGCUCCAGGCCGGGGAUGAGAUUGUCAGCAUCAACGAGUUCCUGACCGGAUACAGACAAGAGGCCAUUUGUCUGGUGAAGGGCUCCCACAAGUCGCUGACGCUGGUGGUCAAAAGGAAGAUGAAAAUGAUGGAUAUUGUAGCACAGAAAAUGCCUUCAGAAACUGACGUUCAUGUGGCCAGGAGCUUUCUUACCAAGAUUUUGAGGAGUUCCAUGAGAAAGAAUCGCUUUAAAGGGAGAAAUGAACCUGUGAUCCGGCCUCACUCCUGGCACUCCACCAAGUUCACAGAGAGCCAGUCUGAAGCUGCCCCUGCUGUCUGGCCCACCAGAUACGACACAAGUUCGGCUUCACAUGACCUGUCUAACUCAUGGGAUCAGACGAACCUGCAGCGAUUUUCCGAUCAGUUCAGCUCCCUGGGCAGCAUGGACAGCCUAGACCAUUCCUCCAACAGCUGCCAGCAUGGACGACUCUCUCCUGCCAAGUCCAACAACAGCAUCGACAACCUGGUAGGAGGCAGCGGUGGAGGCAGCAGCAGCAAGCGGGAUUCGGCUUAUAGCUCUUUCUCUACCAGCUCCAGUACCCCAGACUACACUUUGUCAAAGAGCAACGCAGCCUCCACUGAGAACAUGCUGUAUAAAGUGGGCCAAUGUGACUCUGGGAGAUAUGGAAACGGGAGGCACAGCCAGAGCCUGAAUGAGAACAGCAGAUUGGAUGACAGGCAGGGAUAUCUGCAGCUGCCGGCUAGGAAUGGGGGCAGAGAAAGCCCAAGGACAGAAGAGCAGCCUGGAUCACGGCACUCCAGCUCAGGGAAGUCCAGCUUUGGCCCGGUGUGGCACGUCCCUGAAAAGAAGAGUGCCCCCUCCCCGCCACCUCCCCUCCCUCCGGUCCGCAGCGAUAGCUUUGCAGCUACCAAAGUUCACGAAAAAGGUCUCCUUCCGCCUUACUCUGAGAGAUCUGACCCCCAGAACUUUAAAAAACCUCAACCCAGGGUUGCAGGCGGGCCACCUGUCGAACCUGCAGACUAUCAACAGAAGCUCAUCCGUGUCAAUGAAAGAGGACCUGGUGCAAGGAGGAGCUGUAACCCUCCUCCCAAGAACGAUUCUUCCUCGUACCUAUCGAUGGACAGCUAUAAUAAUAACCAGUUAAGUGCUAAUCGGUUACAGUCUUUGUCGAGCACAGAUGUACGGAUUGGCCAACCUCCCCAUGUGUAUGUGGCCCAUCACCAGCGGCAGUACAGUGACGAAAGCACUUUAUAUACGCACACUCGGUCUACUGCAGUACCAAAGCAACAGAGUGUUGGCAACUAUUAUAACAGCAUGCAAGAGUUACCGACUGACAACUUUAAUCAGUACUAUAAUCAGGCCCAAGUCAGGACCUCUAGUGCUUCCUUGGCCAAUCCCCCUACAGAGCAAAAUAUGGAGAGUGCAGGGCAUAACAGAUAUUACUGCGUUACAGCAAGGCAGCCAGCCCAGUCGGUCUCUCAGGCAUCACUGGUGAAAGUUGAAAACUGGAAAGGUUGCACAGGGACAGAGUCGGCCCAGGGACUAAGUGAAAGGAACUCGCCUGCUCCCACAAAGGUCCAGAAACCAAAAUACCCACUACCUCACCCUGAAGUACAGGAGAACAGUGGCUAUUAUUGGCUGGAGGACAGCCAUGACAGGUCUCCUGCAACCGUGGAAGAGAUGCCAUCGGUAAAACCCAUUGGCGAUGAAAGGGGAAGCCAGAAGAGUAACAAUGGAUAUCAUUUAGAAUCUCAUUACAUUGGCUUUACCCAUAACACACAGGAUAACCUCAAGAACUGUGGUGUUGUUCAGCAGAGAAGUCAGCAAAAAGAGCCCCAGUGGCCAGAAGAUGAAGGCAAGAUUUGUCCACAGAAAACCCCAAUGUUGCACUCCCUAGCUCAAGAGAGCAAACAUUUAGCCUCCAAACAGGUGGCGCCUCCAAACAGCUACAGGCAGGAUGCUUUAGACCCUCUUGCCACAAAACAGCAGCGACGGAGCGACCGUUAUGCCACCACAUUACGGAAUGAAAUUCAAAUGAGAAGAGCCAAGCUACAGAAAAGCAAAAGUGCAGCCACCCUGACGGAUCCCGACGAGGUUGAAGAGGAAGCUGAAAGCUGGAAGGAGGAGUCAGCUGAGCACUCCACAUCAUCUUCAGAUGGCUCCUUCUCCAACACUUACAAGGAUCACCUGAAGGAAGCUCAGGCCAGAGUUCUUGGGGCUACAUCUUUCAGGAGACGGGAUCUGGAGCCUGUAUUGCUUGAGCAUCCAGCAAGCCCAUCUGAUACCUUGCCCUGUUACCCCACAAUGACAUCAUCUCAUCCACAUAAAGAUGUUAACCCCCAGCCUGGCUUUCCUGAGGCCCCACAAAGCAAACCUAUCCCUGCAGCUGCUGGUGGUGCUUCCCACAAGUCUCGCAUCGGUGGCAGGAAACGCUUCACAGCUGAACAGAAAGUCAGAUCCUACUCUGAGCCAGACAAGAUGCAUGAGGUGGGAGUGAGCAAGACCCACCAUCAUUCCAAUAAUGCUGAUAAGUUCAUUACUUUUGCAGAUCGACGCAAAUUCUUUGAAUCAACCAGCAAGCCUGCAUUCCUAAAACCGGCAAACAGGCCAAACCAACAGGGCUCCGUCGACGAACAAAGUGAGGUCAGAUCUUCCAGAAGACUACACCCUAAUGAGACUGAGGAGUCUUGGUAUGAGCGGAGAGUCCGUGCCACCUCCUUUGGCUACGAAAGCUCUCUGGGAGCUCUUCACGAGGAUAAAGAUAACUAUAGGGAUAUAAGCAAGAAGUACUCAGACAGGUAUAUGAUGCUGGAACAGCAGCGCUUAGGUACUUUUGCAGAGUAUGAGGCUACCUGGAAUGAGCAAAAGAAGCCAUCAGAAGCAAAGACCUCUGGAAUGUACCACUCUGCUGACAACAUCCUGGAUUCAGGGUUCGAAGAGCAUAGUAAACCUCAGUACGUGCAUGAAAGAUCCAGGUCAUCUCCGUCUGCAGAUUUCUAUGGAAAGAGUGUUGUUGUGCAAGCAAAGAAGAAAGCUGAAAAUUCUCAAAAAGACCAAAAACUUCCUGGGGCUAAAAACACAGAUUGCGACAUUUCUGUAGCAAGCCUCUCUCCUGGUUGUACUGUUUCUCUCCAGCCUGCUUACAGCACAGAGCAGACCUGCUGGCUUUCUGUGCCUGACAGACUUUCUGACGGAGGACACAAGGAAUGUAAAUUGGAUGAAAAGCUACUUGUGAAUGACGAAAGCACAGAGGACAAGCACAGAUCAGCCAGCAGGCAGACUCCGCCAGAACAGCUGCUGCGCCCGCCUGCGGAAAGCCGAGAGAGAGCUGUUACGCUGCCCAGUGACUACGGCUACAUAAUUCAAGAAGGGGAAACUGAAAUCAAGAACAGAGAUUUUAACAACGCUGUUCCCACUUACUUAGAGAGCCACACCCUAAAUGAUAAUCGCAUCAGAUCUCAAAGCAUAGGACUGGAUAAUCAGUCUACCACUAUAACUGCAGCACCAUUCAGUAAGAAGAAGGGGCCUGUGCCUCAGAGGCCUCCUCCGCCUAAGCUGGAUAAAUACAAACGUCAAGACAUCCAGUCCUCCUUGAUAGACUCUUCAGAAUCGCUUCUGAGUUCACAAAGGGCUGUUGGGCUUUGUUCCCCCAGCAUAGAGGGGCCGCUGAGUGCCAUCCCUGCCCCAGCCUUGAACACUGCUUCCACUGCAGCAGAACCUGCCCGGGCUGCCAGUCAGUCUGGGGAGACCCAGCACAGAAAGGUGCUGGAGAAUGAGCACAGAACUGUAGAAAAACCUGACGUUGUGCACCAAACCACCACCUCCUCCAAGUAUCCCUGUCUUCUUAAGCCUUCUAUGGAUGUUCCUAGAUCACCUUCUCCACAGUUCGCCCCACAGAGACUUACUGAUAAACCACCUGUCUCCAUAAAAAAUGAAGCUCCAUCAAGAAUCGAAAAAGUAAUGGAGAACAAUACAACUGUCAAAAUGGUGCCUAUCAAGAUUCUUCAUUCCGAAAGCCAUUCUGAAAAGGAGAGCCGACAGUAUCUCCUCCACAACCUCGAACCGAUCAGUGUGCCCGACGAGCAGGAGAAAGACCAGAUAAAGACUCUGGGCACUAAACAGCAGUCCUACUCCCUUUUCUGCGCUUACACAAGACAGAAAGAGGAGCAGAUGAAGGAGGAACAAAACAGGACAUGCGACGUGGCACAAAAUGAGCUGCUUUGGGCAGAGAUAAAGGAUAGUAUUUCACUUUCUCCAGCUAACAGUGCAGUGAAGGCUAAUGACAGGGCAGUAGAUGACUUGAAGACAGAGGAGCUGGCCAGAGAGAUUGUGGGAAAGGACAGAUCACUGGCCGACAUCUUAGAUCCCAAUAUUAAAAUGAAGACCACCAUGGACCUCAUGGAAGGCAUUUUCCCCAAAGAUGAGCAGCUGUUGGAGGAUGCCCAGCAACGCAGGAGGAUUCUCCCAAAACAGAAUUCUCCAAAACCUGCAGAAGAAAAGAAAAACGAAGAGAACGCAGCCUCCCUGGCAACCAGCUCCUCCUAUUACAACACAUCAGCCCCGAAGGCAGAGCUGCUAAUUAAGAUGAAGGAUAUGCAGGAGCAGAUUGUAGAGGAAGAGGAGGACUUGGAAGACGAGCUGGACCACGACCUCUCAGAGAAGAAGCAAGAGCUGAUUGACAGCAUAAGCAGGAAGCUGCAGGUGCUGCGUGAAGCCCGGGAGAGCUUGCACGAAGACAUCCAGGCCAACAUCGCCCUGGGAGAAGAGGUGGAGGAGAUUGUGAAGCAAGUGUGCAAGACCAACGAGUUUGACAAGUUCAGGAUGUUCAUUGGCGACCUGGACAAGGUGGUCAGCCUGCUGCUGUCCCUGUCCGGGCGACUGGCUCGAGUGGAGAAUGCUUUAAACAACCUGGACGAGACUGCCUCCACAGAGGAAAAGCGCACACUGACAGACAAAAGGAAGCUUCUCAUCAGGCAGCACGAGGACGCGAAGGAGCUGAAGGAAAACUUGGACAGAAGGGAGCGAGUGGUCUUUGACAUCGUGGCCAGCUACCUGAAUGAGGAAAACCUGGCCGACUACGAGCACUUUGUCAAAAUGAAGUCAGCCCUCAUCAUUGAGCAGCGCAAACUGGAGGAUAAAAUCAAGCUGGGCGAAGAGCAGCUGAAGGGUCUGACGGACAGUCUUCCCCCAGAGAGCCGACAGCCGGAACACCGGAUCACCUUUUGAGACAGACUGACUGUGGUGUGAAACUUUUUAAAUCCACUAGGGGGACACAAGCAACAGAAUUUAAAAAAAGUGAGAAAGAUAAAACACAGCACACAUCUUUAGUUUGCAGUCUAUUGUUUCUAAGAUUUCUUUAUUAUUGUAUUGCUUGAAUCCAUUACUUUUUUUUCCCACCAAACUUUGUUUUCUGUAUUCUUGUAAAAAAUUGUCUGUUUUUAAAAGUUAUUGUGACUAUAAGAACAAAGGAGUACUUGAUACAUAUGAGAAAUUUGCUUUGUUUUUUUUUUUCGUUUGUAUGUUGCAAACUCCUACUCUUAAAAAAAAAAAAAAAAAAAAAAAAAAAAAAAAAAAAGAUAAUUCACCCUUUUUUACGAUGCAUUUUUAAAGCAAGGAAUUGUUUGUUCUCGUAAUUUAUUUUAGAAUGUGAUUAGUGGAACUUGAGGAAAGAGCAGUAGUACUCCUGAGUCAGAGUAAUAUAGCUAUCAGAAGACCCUGAUGCAUCUAUGCACAUGUUACAUACUUGUGUAAAAUUCAUUAUUCUGCUUAGGCGUGAUAUUUAAAUGAGUAUCUCUCUUGUAACAUACAUACAUAUCCUAUCACUAUGACCACUUGUUGCUGUUGCUGUAGAGAAAAUCACAAGACUACUUAGUAUCACUGUUUAGGAAAAUAGCACAUUUAUUGUAUCAACCUAACAUCUAACACAAAACACGGUGCUGAUUCAGACAGUGUCACCUCCUUGCAUUCCUGUGCUUUAGUCCUGUUUUUCGUUGUUGUUGGUUAAUGCCAGGGAAAACGUCGGCUUUCUAAGACUUAAAAUGCUUUUAAUAUUGAAGCUUUUGCUAACAGUAGAUAUAACAUAAAGGGAUUGUGUAGAGAUCAGCUGGGCUUGUCUUACAGGUGUGUGUGUGUGUGUGUAUGUGGGGGGGAGUGUUGUAUUUCAAGACUUCUUAAUACUGAGGUUGCACUUUAAUGAGAUCUCCCUUAAAGCAAAAAGAAUUAAGGAAAUGUGUGUGAGUUUCCAUGCUUGUUACAAACGAUAUAUGCUGCAGGUUGAUGCCCUGCAUCGUUUUAAGGUAUAAUCCAUUCAGUAGAAUGGAUGUAAAAGCAGGAGGAGUAAGAUUUAAACCAUCCCAAGUCUCCAGAAUCUACAUAACUUUCGCUACUUUAAUAAGGUCCUUAUUCUCAGUACUGUAGGGACAAAUUAUUUUCCACAACACAAGAAAACCUGUGCAAUAGAAGCAAGUGGGCUGUCCAGUUGUGGGAUCAGGCUUAAGGUUGAGUGUUAAAUUAAAACUCUAGUCUGACUUUUUCUAUACUCAACAUUACAACCAAUGGGAACGAUGAUUUUAAUAAUAGGUUUAUGACAAGUACAGUGUACCUGGCAGGUAAACACCAGAGAGGUGGUUUAUGCCGUCCAGGUGUUCAUUAAAGGGGUAUUCAGAACAAGCUCAAGAUAGCCAUCAUCAGUGCUUUGGCACCUAAUGAUACCUGUAUGGUACAGCUUGUAACCCAUGUUUAAAUGAUCAUCCCAUAGGGGCUGGUGUAAUGGAUCCAAUAUGUUUUUAGUCAUUGUGUUUUUGUUUAAAAAUGGUUUCUUUAAAGAGGAGUUUAUGUGAAAUGUGAAUAAUUAUUUAACUUCAAAAUAAUGUGUAUAUAGCGAGAUUUGGCCCAUACUUUAGCUCUAACCCAGCCCGAUGGAGUAAUGUUUGUAUACCCAAUAAGGAAAAGACCCCACAAAUGAGUUAAAGCUGGUUCCACUGGCUCCAAUUAGCACUAAUCUUAGACUACCAGAUGCCACUGUAUCUAACCAGAGUCUGUGUAACUAUCUGAAAUAUUCCAAACAUUGCUGUUUUAACUUGAUACUUUUAACACUUGUAUGCUCUCAACUGUACAGCUUUAUUCUUAUUUUAAUAAAG